AUGGCAGCUGCUGCCCAAGUCCUCCGAUUGCAUGGAGCUGUGGAGCUCAUUGCGUCGUACCAAGAAGGAACCGCCCAAGUACUUAUCCCAUACGCUCGAGGGUGGAAAGAUCUUGGCGGGUACCGCCAAUCUGACGCGACUUGGAAGUGGGCAAGUCUUGUGAACGACUUGCUGAGCUCCUUGGAAACAAGUGCACGUAUGAACACAUUGCACCUAAUGGCCAGGCACAUGCACGAGAGAUUGACUCCGACUGUGAUGGAUAUUGCGGCCGAACGUGGAGCUUUGGAUGUCCUCGAGUUCUUUUCAUCUCGACCUGAGCUUCGAUGCACGUCGGAUGCAAUGGAUUACGCAGCGACAGAAGGGCACUUCAAAGUCGUGAAAUUCCUUCACACCCACCGUACAGAAGGAUGCACGGUCCGAGCCAUGAACGGUGCUGCCUCGCGUGGCCAUCUGGACAUCGUGUCGUUUCUGAAUGCCAAUCGAAGCGAAGGGUGCACAGUGUUUGCGAUGGACAGUGCGGCAGCGCACGGCCACAUGGACGUCGUGGCAUUUUUGCAUCAUCACCGCCGCGAAGGCUGCACAACCCAAGCCAUGGACGUGGCUGCUCGAAACGGCCACUUGGAUAUCGUCAAGUUCUUGCACGAAAACCGAACGGAGGGAUGCACAGGCGACGCUCUGACGUAUGCGCUCAUGUACGAUCGGCUCGACGUUGCUGCGUACAUGCAAAGCAUUCGACCCGAAGGUUGCAGCGCUGACGCCCUGUACGGCGCCGCGUGGGCUGGGUCCCUCGACGUUGUCAAGUUUCUCUGCGCAAGCAGAUUGAGACCGCCGUAUCAACCGGCAGUUCUGGACGCGGCAGUGUCGCGAGGUCACAUCCAAAUUGUCGUGUAUUUGCAGACAGUGUACGCGGCCCAUGCGUGCUGGUGGUCGCCAUGGUGGCUCCAACUCAUGCAUGCAGUCGUCAGGCACUCGUAUGUGCAACUGAAGCGAGUCGUGUUGGCCAGCUUGAGAUGGUAGGGAUGUGCACUACAGGAUGGAGACAUAAGG